AUGGCGGCACAAGUUGAUCGUAUAAUGGCCCAACACUCGGCAAACAGCAUACCCGAAGAGCCUCAAGUGCCCUCCAUCGCCCCGUCACUCACAUAUUCGGAGUCCUCCGAACCCUCUGAAAACGAGGAACCCCGCCAAUCUGACGAGCAGCCGCGCCGCCGCCGCGCAUCCACUGUCCUUAUCGUCAAGUCUCCCGCUGACAUCCAACGUAUCACGGGCGAGACAACAACCCAAUUGGUCCAGAGGUGUUGUGGUGGUGGUUGCUGCCUCACUUCCGACGGCAAGAGGGUCAAGAAGCAGGGUAUCGAGUAUGAGCGGGUCAACCUCCCGGACAACGACGCAUACCGCGCUCUCAACCUCAAGAUCGAAGAAGUUCCGACCAUCCUAAACAACAUCCUCGACCUGCCCGAACAGACUGUCUUCCUGCAGCCCCUUCGCCGUCCAUCCAAUGUUCCGUCUCCUACAGAGUCCACUGCGGCUCUUAACAUCGAUGGUAACACGACAUCCGCCACAACCGAUAUCGAAAAGUCUAUACAGAAGCUGUCUCUGGAGGACCUCGACACCAAAAUUCAGCCACCCUCCUUUGUCCAACCUCACCCGCCUUUCCAUGUCUUCCCCGCCCGCAUUCACACCGCCCGUGAGUUGACAGGCCAAGGCGCCGAGAAGCGUACCUUCCAUUUCGACAUUGACGUCACAAACUACCCCGAGGAUGAGGGUGUCGAUUUCAAGGUCGGUGGAGCCAUCGGCGUCUCGGCUCCCAACGAGGAGUCCAUGGUAGAGGAGCUUUUCGACCUUCUCCUCAUUCCUCGUUUCCUCCGUGACAAGCCUGUCCUCCUGCGGACAACCAAGGGCAGAUGGCCCACCGUAUGGGGCGAAGACCAAGCUCGUAAGCUUGUCACAACGCGGAGAGACCUCCUGACAUGGUGCUCUGACAUCCAAUCCUACCCGCCCACAAAGCCACUUCUCCGUAUUCUAGCCGAGCAUGCGACCAACGAGGAUGAGCGCAAGAUUCUCUUCUUCCUCUGCUCGGCUGAAGGCCAAGGAGUCUUCUGCGACUUCCGCACCGGCCCGCACAUCACCGUCGCCCAGUUGCUCCAUGCCUUCCCCAGCGCUAGGCCACCUCUCGAUUUGCUCCUCUCGGUCCUACAACCUCUUAUGCCCCGCUUCUACUCCUUGUCCAACGACCCGCACGAGUCCUUCUUGAGACGCGACGGCAAGCAGCACCGCCUGAUCGAGAUCGCCGUCACCGUCCACACCGCAAACGACUGGAGGACAGGCGAGCGCAACGGAGUCGGUUCCGGUUUCUUCCAGCGCCAAGCCCUCAAGUACAUCGAAGCACAAGAAAGAGGCGAAAAGGAUAUUGAGGUCUACAUCCCUAUGUUCAAGGGUCUUAUGGCCAAUCCCCUUGCCAAGCAGUUCGUCUCGGAUGGCCCCAUGCUGCUUAUCGGUGCCGGUGUCGGUAUCGCCCCGUUCAGAGGCUUCGUCCAGCGCCGCCUCAAGACUGCCAACUGCGCCAACAAGGUCUGGGUCCUCCAGGGCUGCCGUGACUCGCUAGUUGAUGAGCUCUACAGCGGUGAGUGGGGUGUCCAUGAGGACGAGGUCAAGCGCGUAGUGGAGAGCCGUCGCGGCCAGGGGCGAUAUGUCCAGGAAGAAGUCAAAGCUCAGGCUGACCUCGUCUGGUAUAUCAUCAACUCAGUCGACGGUAGGGUGUUCGUCUGCGGAAGCUCCAAGGGCAUGGGCGAAGGUGUCGAGCAGGCGUUGAUCGAGGUCGCGAUGGAGAAGGGUAACCUUGAGCACGACGAGGCCAAGCAAUUCUGGGAACUGAAGAGGGAGGUUGGCCAAUACAUCGCCGAGACGUGGUGA